AUGGGACCAUUCCUAGUGUUGCUGUUCCUGGUUGCUGUGCUGAUUCCAUCCUGUCUUCCAGAUAGCGAUGAGGAUCAAGAUGUGGGUUCUCUGUCAACUCACCUACCUGAAAUCCAGGAGGAGAUCGUAGGGAAACACAAUGAACUCAGGAAAUCAGUAUCUCCAAGUGCCAGCAACAUGCUGAAGAUGAGAUGGACCAGUGAACCCUAUGAGAACACCCAAAAGUGGGCAGAAAAUUAUGCACACAGUAUCUCAGCAUUCAGAAGGACAAGUGUGCAGGUUGUUUGGUAUUCAUCUUUCCUUACUGGAUGUGGAGUGGCCUACUGUCCUGAGAAAUCUUCGAAAUACUUCAUGGUUUGCCGCUAUUGUCCUGCUGGUAAUUAUUUGAGCAGAUAUUAUGUCCCUUAUGAUGAAGGAGAACCUUGUGCCAGUUGUCCUGAUCACUGUGAUGAUGGAUUAUGCACCAAUAGUUGUGAUUAUGAAGAUUCACAUGCUAUCUUUCAUGUGUUGGCAGAACAAGGGUAUUGGGGUGGAAGGUGGAGUGCAACCUCCUAUGGAUUGAUGGGUCCCGGGCCUCUUUUCCAGGUUCCACUUCUUGACAUCAACAUUGAGGAGACUCAGGUUGUUUAUGGAGAUCUCAUUCGACUAUUGCAUCAUGAUGUGGGUCCUAAAGGAUUUUAUCCUGGAAGAGAUAAAGCAGGUUUAGAAAGCAUGAUCCAAACAUUAACAAUGUUAACAAUGAUAGGAGCAUCAGAAGAGGCCCUGCCAGGUAUAGCAGGAAGGAUAAAGAUUUGA